GCGCCCUUUAUCAUUCUCUAGAAUCUCUCCUUCCCUUGCCUCUCUCCUUUACUUCACUACAUCGCUCUCUCUAUCCCUCUGUUGCUGCUUUCACUGACGACGACAAGGCCUGCCGUUUUCCCAGCAAAGACAGCACCUUUACCCGCAGCCUUCCAUCCCUUUCAGAUCGCCGUCGUCGAGCUCGCGCCCUUCUCUUGCGGUACUGCCUUUGUCAAUCUCAGAUUCUUGCGCUUUUCUGGUUCUUGCAUUUAAUUUCUACUAGAAGAUGGCAUCGCGAUUCUGGGGACAGGGUGGCAGCGACUCUGAGGAGGAAGAGAGUGAAUUUGAAGAAGAUAUUGAUAAUGGGGAAGAAGGCGAGUCUACCACUCAAGCCCCACAAAACAGGUAUCUCAGAGGAACUGCUAGUGACAGCGAUGACUCGGAUGAUCAAAAGCGUGUUGUCAGGUCAGCCAAAGACAAACGAUUUGAGGAGAUGUCGGCUACUGUUGAUCAAAUGAAGAAUGCAAUGAAGAUCAAUGAUUGGGUCAGUUUGCAAGAGAGCUUCGACAAAAUCAAUAAACAGCUUGAGAAAGUCAUGCGGUUGACAGAAUCUGACAAGGUCCCUAAUCUUUACAUCAAAGCUCUUGUGAUGUUGGAGGAUUUCUUGAAUCAGGCUUUGGCAAAUAAGGAAGCAAAGAAGAAGAUGAGCAGUAGUAAUGCUAAGGCCUUGAACUCGAUGAAACAAAAACUGAAGAAGAACAAUAAGCAGUAUGAGGAUUUGAUUAAUAAGUAUAGGGAGAAUCCGGAGAGUGAGGAGGAACUAGAGGGAGAUGAGGAGACAGAAGAAGAGGAAGAUUCGGAUUUGGAGUUUGUGGAGGACCCUUCAAAAAUUGCUGUGUCUGAUGAGGAUGAAGAAGAAGAUGAGGAUCGCCAGGAUAAUAGAACUGAGAUUGAAGGUGAUUGGCAGAAGAUGAUGAGCAAGAGAGAUAAACUCAUGGAUAGACAGUUUAUGAAAGAUCCUAGUGAAAUCACCUGGGAUACAGUGAACAAAAAGUUUAAGGAGGUUGUUGCUGCUCGAGGUAGGAAGGGAACUGGAAGGUUUGAGCAGGUUGAGCAACUAACCUUCCUGACCAAGGUUGCUAAGACCCCUGCACAGAAGCUUGAGAUUCUUUUUAGCGUGGUCUCUGCUCAGUUUGAUGUGAACCCAGGACUUAGUGGUCAUAUGCCUAUAAAUGUAUGGAAGAAAUGUUUGCAGAAUAUGCUGGUUAUUCUUGAUAUUCUGGUCCAGUAUCCUAACAUUGUAGUGGAUGAUAUGGUUGAGCCUGAUGAGAAUGAAACCCAGAAGGGGGCAGACUACAAUGGGACUAUUCGGGUUUGGGGGAACUUGGUGGCUUUCCUUGAGCGGAUAGAUGCUGAGUUCUUCAAGAGUUUGCAAUGCAUUGAUCCACAUACGCGUGAGUAUGUUGAGAGACUGAGGGAUGAACCUAUGUUUUUGGUUCUUGCUCAGAAUGUCCAAGAGUAUCUAGAGAGGGUUGGAGACUUUAAAGCUGCAUCAAAGGUUGCCCUUAGGCGGGUUGAGCUGAUCUACUACAAACCACAAGAGGUUUAUGAUGCCAUGAGGAAAUUGGCUGAACAAGCAGAUGAUGGGGAUAAUGGUGAAAAGUCAGGGGAGGAACCUAAGGUUGAGGAAAGUAGGGGUCCAUCUGCUUUUGUUGUCACUCCUGAGCUUGUGCCUCGAAAGCCUACCUUCCCUGAGAGUAGCAGAACAAUGAUGGAUAUAUUAGUCUCACUCAUAUACAAGUAUGGAGAUGAGCGAACUAAAGCUCGUGCAAUGCUUUGUGAUAUCUACCACCAUGCUCUAUUGGAUGAGUUCUCAACUGCCCGUGACUUGCUAUUGAUGAGUCACCUGCAGGAUAGUAUCCAGCAUAUGGACAUUUCAACCCAGAUUCUUUUCAACAGGGCUAUGGCACAGCUUGGUUUAUGUGCAUUCCGUGUUGGGCUAGUCACUGAAGGACAUGGCUGCCUUUCUGAACUGUAUUCUGGUGGAAGGGUAAAGGAGUUGCUUGCACAAGGUGUUUCACAAAAUCGGUAUCAUGAGAAGACUCCAGAGCAGGAAAGGUUGGAAAGGAGACGCCAAAUGCCAUAUCAUAUGCACAUAAAUCUUGAGCUUCUGGAGGCUGUCCAUCUCAUCUGUGCCAUGCUACUGGAGGUCCCCAACAUGGCAGCCAACACUCAUGAUGCUAAGCGCAAAGUCAUUAGCAAGACAUUUAGGCGAUUGCUUGAGGUGAGUGAGAGGCAAACUUUUACUGGCCCUCCUGAAAAUGUCAGGGAUCAUGUGAUGGCUGCCACUCGGGCUCUUAGCAAGGGAGAUUUCCAGAAGGCCUUUGAUGUUAUCAAUUCUCUUGAUGUCUGGAGGCUUCUUAGGAACAGAGACAGUGUCCUUGAGAUGCUUAAGGCCAAGAUUAAAGAAGAAGCUCUGAGGACCUACCUUUUCACCUACUCAUCGUCUUAUGAGUCACUUAGCUUGGACCAACUCACCAAAAUGUUCGAUCUCUCUGGAGCCCAGACUCACAGCAUUGUUAGCAAAAUGAUGAUCAAUGAGGAGCUCCAUGCAAGUUGGGACCAGCCAACACAGUGCAUUGUCUUCCAUGAUGUUGAGCACACAAGAUUGCAGGUUCUGGCAUUCCAGUUAACAGAGAAGCUUUCGGUACUUGCUGAAAGUAAUGAAAGGGCAAUAGAGGCCAGGAUUGGUGGUGGUGGUGGUUUGGAUUUGCCUAUGAGGCGGAAAGAUAGCCAGGAUUAUGCUACCAUGGCUGCUGCAGGUGGCAAGUGGCAAGACAAUUUAUCUUUCACUCACGGAAGGCAAGGCUCAGGGCGUUCAGGGUAUAAUGUUGGUGGUGGGAGACCACCGGCAUUAGGCCAAGGUGCUGGUGGUGGUUAUUCGAGAGGGUCGCGUGCUGGUGGAUAUCCUGGUGGGUCACGAUAUCAAGAUGCUGCAUAUAGUGGGUCUGGAAGAACUGCAGUGAGGGGAUCUCAAUUAGAUGUUUCUAACCGCAUGGUUAGUCUCAACAGAGGGGUUCGUGCUUAAGGCUCUAUAUAUAUGCACAUAUUUUAAGGAAGUGCUGAAAGAAGAGAAGCCAUCAAUUUUCGUUUAAGUAGCAAGUCUUUUCUUCUGUUGGUACCAGAGAUUUGUUUUGUUGUUGCUUCUUCAUUGCAUUUUUUUUAUAAGCUGAAUUUGAACCUCUAGUAGACUUGUAAGUUUUAUUUUUGGCUAAAAUCUGAUGUUCUAUUCCUGUUUUGAAUUA